CUGUUAGCGGAAAUCGAAUAGCGCACUUAUUUCACCAUUUUAUGUUGACAGCCGAAAUGGACAGCCAACUUCGCUUGUUUCUUUCUUUGGAAAAGUUUCAAGAUGUCGAACAUCAAAAGGAAGAAGACCAGAAAGCUACGUGGUCAUGUGAGCCAUGGUCAUGGUCGUAUUGGAAAGCACCGUAAGCAUCCUGGUGGUCGCGGUAAUGCUGGUGGUAUGCACCAUCAUCGUAUUAAUUUCGACAAAUACCAUCCUGGUUACUUCGGUAAAGUUGGUAUGAGAAACUUCCACUUGCGUCGCCAGCACAAAUUCUGCCCAACAAUCAAUUUGGACAAAUUGUGGUCUCUGGUUGGUGCUGAUAAAUUUGCUGAAUUGCAAAAAGAGAAAAGCAACAAAGCGCCCGUUAUUGAUUUGGUGCAAUUCGGUUACUACAAGUUGUUGGGCCGUGGACAUUUGCCUAAACAGCCCGUCAUUGUUAAGGCCAAAUAUUUCUCAAAGAAAGCGGAAGACAAAAUUAAACAAGCCGGUGGUGUCUGCUUAUUGAGAGCUUAAUUUUAAGGUCCUGUUUCCAUUUAACAUCAAACAUGAAUGGGUUUUAUAAUAAAGAUAAAAUAGAAAAAAAAUAAGAAA